GAGUGGAGGUCAGUGGAGGGAUUGCAGAGAGGGGUGGAGGACACUGAGUGGAGGCCAGUGGAGGGAUUGCAGAGGGGGGUGGAGGACACUGAGUGGAGGCCAGUGGAGGGAUUGCAGAGAGGGGUGGAGGACACUGAGUGGAGGCCAGUGGAGGGAUUGCAGAGAGGGGUGGAGGACACUGAGCGGAGGUCAGAGGAGGGACUGCAGAGAGGGGUGGAGGACACUGAGCGAAGGUCAGAGGAGGGAUUGCAGAGAGGGGUGGAGGACACUGAAUGGAGGCCAGUGGAGGGAUUGCAGAGGGGGGUGGAGGACACUGAGCGGAGGCCAGUGGAG